CCGGCAGUCUAGCGUCUGCAAUCGAAAUCCGACAACGAGUUGUGGCAGCCAACUGACACUUACACUCUGCCCACACGAGUCUACAUUAUCACAAUAUAUCAUAUUGUUUCCACUAUCGUAAUAUCAUAGUUGUUCAUAACAUAACGUUACUACAUUACUACUAUCUUCGUAUACUCACCCGUCGUCCUGCCGUUUCCYACUAUCCUUUGGACGUCUCGGCGUACCGUACACGUUGACCGUACGUAGCGUGUGUGUGUGAGGUCAUGUCCGCGGUCUGUCGUCUGCUGCACGUGUACGACGGCGGCGACGAUUCGGUCGCCCGACAUAUUCUGCACCAUCACCACUGCACCAACAGCAGCCGGCAGAACGUCAGCGGUGGCUCGUAGCAAUCGACGGCACCAGCGCCGAGGAUGGUGACGGCCCGUUGCACCCGCGGUCUCACCGCCGGAACCACUUCCGCUACCGACUGCAGUGACUUUGGCCACUCCGUAAACAACAAGCGAACAUCGCCAACGACGAGCAUUUGUCACUGCUUGGCCUGUUGUUACAUUACCACGACCGUUACACCGAGCCUGCGACCACCRGUGUCCACGACUUCCAAGAGAAAUAGCGGUAAGGCAGCCGUUAACACAAGUGUAUCUUCCGAGUGCGAACCGCCAUCUGAGGCUGCUGCGUUUGUCGCCUCCGCUUCCGCCGCGGCGUUCGUUUUGUUGGCCGCUCUGUUGGCCGUAGUGCUGUCUUCGGCCGCACUCUUGACCGUCGCGUCCAUGGUGCCGAUGGCCGACGCGGCUGCGCACGACAUCCAUCAACCACAAGCAACCGAUUACAUCAAUUUGUGGCACCAUAAGCAGCAGCAGGUUGGUGGUCAACGGAUAUCCGACAACAGCGGYGUGGUACGCGACGAUGCGUCAAGACAGAAGAGGCAACUGUUCAACAAGAACACAAACCGUGAACCUGGAGUUGUGGCGUUGACGUUUUCGCUGAUCGGCGGAACUAUUUCGGACGCCCGUCAAGCAUUCCGGAACGUCUCAAAUAUCGUACGCGACACAAUCAGUGAGGCGGCCAAAGAUCCUACGGCCACUACCGCCGCCACUGACCAGAUGAUGAUGGCCGCCGUCAAUACCGCGGACAACGAGGUCGGCGGUGGAGUGGCGUCCACCACGGCAGCCACGGACCAGAAGAUGGCUGGCGAAGCGCUGGGCAAACUGUUCGGUCGUAACUACCGUGGUCUGCGCAGAUUGUUCGACUCCGAGCUCCGGUCCGCCGUAAAGAACUCGCCGGGCAACAUCCGCGAUUUCGCAGUCGAGUUGAUGGGCUCCAUCGGCCAGAGCCUCAGACCAUCCAAUCUGUUUUCUCGGGGGCCGACUAACGGCACCAUGACCACGGCCAGCCGGCGAUGAYGACGCUCAACGGUGUCGUCGAAAGAGGCAUAUAGUCAAUGUCAAAGUCAUAGUAGUCAGAAUCGGAGGCGACGGAAACACUACAGUGCCCAUGGUCCACAGCCUGUCGCAAUUACAUGAUAAUUAUUAUACGAUAAAUCAUAAUAAUUAAUAGUAUUAAACAGCCAUACAUUUAUCGAUCUUUAACCAUAUUUUUUUUUUUUUGUGCAGCCGAUUGAAUAUUAUACAUAUUAUUUAUUGCAAUGUGUAUAUGAUUCGAAAUAUUUAUCAUCAGUGUUAUAGUCAGCAUUAGUAAAUAAUAGUAGGUAAUUUGUAGUUUAUUAAUAGUUUGUAUAAUUUAUUAGAGUACAAUGGGAACGUAUAGAUACGGUUUUUUAUUUUUCUGUAAACGCACUGGUCAGAGGAGUUGGAGUGAAUACAUAUAUGGAUAUAAAUAUAUAAUAUGUGUAUUUCUCUGAUCCGCCAUAAUAAUCUUAAGGAGUAUGCUGUGCGUACUUAGCCAGCAAAUGUAUAUAUAUUUUUUUUAGAACUGUUUUUACCAUUAUUAUGUCGUAUUGUUUUUCGAAAGACUCAAAGUGUUAUACUUGUAAUAAUAUUUAAAAAAAUUGUAUGAGUGUUAUAAUAUUACUUUAUUUAAUGUAGCCAUGUUGCACGU